UUCUUUUCCAAUCCGGUCUCCUGCCUCCCCACGCGUUCUUAGCUAGCGCCCAACGCCUACAAGUAGAAGGGCCGCGCCCGGCCUCCGUCGCACAACCAGCUUUUCUCUCUCUCUGUUUCGUGCUCUCCAGCCCUCGUCCUCCUCUGCUUUGCGUUGGGGUUUUUCUAGGGUUUCUCUGAGGCGAGUUCUUGGCGAGUUCGUGUUCUUGGGUGCAGGAGGUUGCAGAUUCUUAUCUCGAGGAGAGGAGUUGGGCGUGCAAAGAGUCGAUCUCCGUCCCUUCGUCGCCGGAGCAGACGGCCGUCAGUGACUAUUCAAAGAAAAAUGGGGAGUCGAAGACAACAUAGUGUCAACCACUUUGGUCCAAUCUUGAGAAAGCCAUCCAUAGGCAAGGAACCAGGCAAACUCAAGAAAAAGUGCCUUCAACAAUUGCAGAGAACUCAACAGUCGUUUAGGGUAGCGUAUAACCAUGCUAAUGAAAGAGGUGAUGAUAAUGUUAUCAGAAGACCUCAACAAAAUAAUGUUGCAACAAAAAAACACCCCAAUUUCCUUUUGAGGAGCCUAGCCAUGCUAAGGCAGUGUCUCGACAAAAUGUCUCGGCACAUUCUUCAUGGCCAAAGAAAGGUACGAGUUCUCCACGGGAAAAUGUUGAGAAGUCCAAACCCUCUUUCUCUAGGACUCUCCAAAAGAAUACCCAGAAGGCUAGCCCAUCUUGCGCAAUGCCUAACAGUGGCAUUGAUUCUCUGCAAAAGAAUGCUACCAAGUGUAGACCCUCUUCCUUUAUGUUGAAUAAUGGUAAUACCUCAAGGCCAAACAAUGGCAUGGGCUCUCCGGCGAAGAAUGUGGAGUCUUCCUCAAGGUUAAAUAACAUUGAAGCUCCUCGGUCAAAGAAUAAAUCCUCUUACUCAAGGCCAAACGAUGAGAUGGCUCCUCAGUCAAUGAAAUCUAGGCCCUUCUCCUCUGGGUCGAAUAGUGGGCCUGGUCCUUUGACGAGGAACAUAGAGAAGUCUAAGCCAUCUUCAUUUAGGGAUCAAUAUUCCCCGGUGUUAAGGACGAUUCAAAUUCCACAUUUGGUAUUUCAAAGAAAGCAUACCCCUCUUCGAUGCUUCGCAACUCACGGAAUGAAGACCAUCGGAUGGCGAUGGAAGCCUCAAAUUCCAACUUAGCUUUGAAGGGUGAAAAAGGCAUGGAAGAUGUCCAGACCAACUUGGAGAUCAAUUGUGUUUCUUUACCUGGUAAGAACCUUAGCCACCAAACGGUCGAGGCAUCAUGCAUGGUCGAUUCAAUGGACCGGUGCAUUCAACUUGAUAGUAGAAAGUGCAAGACUAGCCUUUCGGAGGAUGGAAGAACCGAUGUGUACAAAUCUAAGAGUAAGAGGAUGAAGCCGUUAUUGGAAGAGAAGUUUGAGAAACGUGGGGUCGCUAGACUGACAAAAUCAAUGGGCAUCUCCACUAAGAACUCUAGCCUCGGGAAGGAUGAAAGAACCGUUGAUGAAAAGUUUAAUAAGAUGAAGAGGACUGAUAAUUAUAGUCAAACAAACAAAAGGAGAAGAUACGUAGUAUCUGACGAUGAAGCCGAUGAUGAUGGUGAUCAGAAUCUCACUGGUGCUAAAACUGGUGCUGCUGGAUUGACAACGCAGAAGGAUUGUCAUCCAGAAGUCUCUAAUCUAUUUGGUUUAGAAUCUUCGAAGCCAUAUCAGUAUUGUUCCCUGCCCAUCGAUGAACCUAUUUGGAGUGGAAUCAUUAAGUUAGGCAGUGGAAAAUUUGUUUCAUUGGCUGCACAUUUGUCAACUAAAUACUGUGAGAAGGUGUGGAAAUUGUCACGAUCACUUGAGGCGGUGGUUGAAGUAACAAAGCUUUCUAGACUGGAGGCUUGGCCUAAGAGCUUUGAGGCGUCAAGGCCCACUGAUGACAACAUUGCGUUGUAUUUAUUGCCCACCGAGAUGAGGCAAGAUGCAGACCUGGAACAACUUGUUAAAGAAGUCAUGGAGAAUGAUAUGGUCCUACGAGCUAUUGUUGGUGAAGCUGAGAUGCUGAUAUUCCCAUCUAUUCUACUGCCUGAGCAACAUCAAACUUUCCAAGGAAAACCCUACCUGUGGGCGGUAUUUAAGCGCAGAAAGGACAAGGUUCCCGUGGUGGAAGAGGAACAACAUGGCAAAGGACGUUGUGCACAGGAGAAGGGAAAACAGCAGGCUUCACAUUUCAGUGUGGGAGAAGGGUUAAACAUGGAUGAUGGAGCUUCUGAGGAAGCGGAGAUGCAAGGCAUGGAGCAGGAACAAAAUCCCACUACGGCAAGUCCAGCAAGAACUCCUACAGCUUCACCCAACACUCCAAGUCCUACAACUUCAGCUCCUACCGCAGCUGCCACAAUGUUUGCAAACCACAGACAGGUCCACUCAGGCUUUGCUGCUCCUACAGGGGCAUUGUUUGGUUUUGUGGUUCAGCGAACUCUGCGACUCGAGCAACUCAUCCAAGAGAUGCAACGCGAAGGCGUUGUGAUGGUUGCAAUGCAAGGGCAGAUGAUAGGGCCAGGACUUGGCUUGGGCAGGCAGUAGCAACUGGGUUCAGAGAACGUGGACGAUAUGGCACGGAGCUCAUCUGGAUGUUUUAGUCCUUGGCUGUUGUCGUCCAAGUGGCUAGGCAUGGAAGAUGACUGCCUUUGUGUGCACCAUCCUCUCUGUGCGUGUUUGCAGGAAUCCCCCUCAUAAGGUUCAGGCUUUUGCAUCCUGGUAUUCUAGUAACUUGUUACGAUCACACGGGCGCGAGGCUGAUCAUAGGGUGUAACUGAGGCGUGUACAUAGACAACGGAGCAAACACUCGGCUUAUGUAUUUCUCAUAAAAAUAUAUUAUGUUGUGCCAAUGUUUAUUUAUUUUAAACACAAUGCAUUGACGUGUUAAUUUUAAA